AUGAAUGUCAGCGAGGAGAACCUGCUCAAGUCCAUCAGCAACGACGCGCUCCUCGACCUGACGCAGCGCUACGGACAGUCGGCCUUUGGGUUCGGGCCGGGCCACGGUCCCGGGAGUCCUGCACGGUUCCAGCUCACACCUGCCACCGAUUUCCUCUCCGGUCAGACCUCAAAGUCCAACGAGAGCGGCGGGGAGCACACCAGCGACGACGAGGACGGCUUUGACGGGCUCGAAUCCCGAAAGAGAGGCUCAUCUUUCGGGGACGAGAAGUCUGGAGGCCCCCUGGCCAAGAAGUCCAAGGAGCAGAGGUCCCUGAGGCUCAGCAUCAAUGCACGAGAGAGGAGGAGGAUGCAUGACCUGAAUGAUGCUCUGGAUGGCCUGCGUUCAGUCAUCCCUUAUGCACACAGCCCAUCGGUGAGGAAACUCUCCAAAAUAGCCACUCUCCUCCUGGCCAAGAACUACAUCCUCAUGCAGGCUCAGGCUCUGGAGGAGAUGAGGAGGCUGGUGGCUUACCUGAACCAGGGUCAGAGCAUGACCUCGUCCAUCCCCGGUGCCAUUGCACCCUUUGGACAGCCGGCCGUGUACCCGUUCUCGGGCAGCACGCUGGCCACCUGUGCCGAAAAGUGCAGCACUUAUUCCGGGACACCUGCGAGCCUCUUCAAACACUGUAACGACAAGCCUUGA